CUCUUUUUAGCUGAGUUCUCUUUGGCUUUAAAUCUGUCUUUGUGUCUCUAACAUCGCAUGUGUUUGUGCAUUUCUCUCCGCUCGCCCUGCCCCCCCCCUCUCUCUCUCUCUCUCUGUUGCUCAUAAAAGUAACAAUGUGCAUGUAUAAAGCACGUGUAAUUCAAGAGACUGCACCCCGGGCAGGAUUGGAGUGAUGCUAAUAGUAAAACGAGUUAGAAAGGAAACAACUGUUGGUGAAUCAAGAGAGGCUGUGGAUGAGGAACAGGAGGAGAACAGCUUUGCACUUUACUCUUUUUCUAUUGGCUACCGUAUGACUUCCAGAAAAAAAAACAGAUUUGCGGGAAAAAAUAAUUAUCAGAUUGAAAAAUCAGGGCGGGCUGAAAAGAGAGAGAAGAUCAAGAGGGGAAACUCGCUGAAUUUAACAGGCAGGUUCAGCAGCGGAGAGACAGCGGAGAGUUUGUACAAGUUCAGGUGCAACCUGUCCCGCAGGUCCGGGAGCCCCGACUCCUGUUACAAUUCACACAGGAACAACCAACACAGAUCAGGGACACGUCCCUCGCUCCAGCCUGCAAAUUCGUGCUCUAGAGUUCACAAUGCCAAAAUCAUUCCUGGUGAAAAUUAGAAAGACAAACUCUUGUAACCAGCCUCGAUACAACGAUGAUAAAGUGUCUUGCAAACUGGAGCCAGUGUCGGCACCUCCUGUUGAUUUGCCCAUAUGGUCUCCAGUAGAGCACACCAGCCCCUCCGCUGGGGCAAAGGUUCAUGACAGUGAACAUGAGCAAGAGGAGGUUGCCUGGGAGAAUGGCAGAGACUAUGAGAAGACGUCCUUGAGCUUGACUAAAGCCGCUACAUAUGACUUCACUCCAGGAUCAGGUUCCCUUCUCUCAAGGUCCUCUGGCAAUAAAGAUUGUUUGUUGACUUCCACCUACAAGCCAAGCUUCCCCUGGGGCUCGUUCCAGAACGUAUAUGACUUCUGCCAUCUCUCCCCCAGCUUCCAGUCCACCCUCUUAGUGGAUGCAGGUGGUUUGUACAGGUCCUCUGUUGCAAGUCCACUAGAGAUUGACCAGCCUAUUGAUUACAGCACACAUUACUCCUCAGAAUCAAAGUCUUACCACUGUGUGAAGUGUAAUAAGGUCUUCUCCACCCCUCAUGGCCUGGAGGUCCAUGUCAGGAGGUCUCAUAGUGGAAUGCGGCCCUUUGCCUGUGAUCUGUGUGGGAAAACAUUCGGUCAUGCUGUCAGCCUGGAACAGCACCUGAACAUCCACUCACAGGAAAGAAUCUUUGAAUGCAAAAUGUGUGGGAAAACCUUCAAGAGAUCGUCCACACUGUCCACCCAUCUGCUGAUUCACUCUGACACCCGGCCAUAUCCCUGUCAGUAUUGUGGAAAGCGAUUCCACCAGAAGUCAGACAUGAAGAAGCACACUUAUAUUCACACAGGUGAGAAGCCCCACAAGUGUCAGGUGUGUGGGAAAUCCUUCAGUCAGAGCUCCAACCUCAUCACUCACAGCCGCAAGCACAGUGGCUUCAAACCCUUUGGCUGUGAGCUGUGUGCCAAAGGCUUCCAACGCAAGGUGGAUCUCCGCCGUCACUGUGAGACUCAGCAUGGCUUGAAGUGUUAGAAGCUACACUUGAAGUGCGGGGUGUGGGGUGGGAGUUUGUGAGGGAAUCGGGCAACAAAUGACAAUCAACAGCCAGAAUGAAUGCAGUCCCUUCCUCAACCCUAACCCCCCUGCCCCCUCGCCCCCCCCCACCCCCCACGACCAUCCCAACUAUUCACUUACUCUGCUUUACAGAAAAAAAUUGCUGGUAGGCAAGGCGAUUCAACUGGGCCCUGUGGUCAAUAAAACAAGCAACUGUGGACUAUCAAAGCAGGAAGGAACGUUCAAUCCCUGUUGGCGCUGUUUUUUCCUCAAUUUUCCUGUCAGUUGUUUUCAAAGUAUUCUGAAAUAAUUUUGCUGUAAUGUCUUCUAUCCUAUUCCUCUGGUGACCCACGCAGAUUGUCAAUUAGCUUCAAACCUCUCCAACUGUCAUUCCAUUCCCACCAACCUGUAACUUCCUUCAGCCCUACAAAUAACUGAAAUCUUUACCCAUUUCCAAUUCAAGCCACUUGCCCUUGGUCUGUCAUUGGUUUCAGCUGCCCAGGCUCCAAGCCCUGGAAUUCCCUAUCUCACCUCCACUCCUCUAACUCUUCCUCCUUUUAAACACUUUUCAUAGCCCGGCUCUCUGACAAAGCUUUUGAUAAACAGUCCUAUUGAUUGAUGUUGAGUGGCUGAAUGCCAAUUUCUAUCUGAUAAUAUCCCUGUGGAGUUUCUGGGGAUGUUUUACUAUGAGAAAGGCACAGUUUAAAUGCAUUUUGUUGCUGUCGUAUUAAAAACAGAAAAUGCUGCGUAUACUCAGUUGGUCAGGCGGUAUCUGUGAAGAAAGCAAGAGUUGACCCCUCAUCAGAGCUCAGAAAUGAAGAAUACAAGCAUAUUUUAUGUUGCAGAAAGGGGGAGGGGUGGGAGAGAACAAAGACAAUGUCUAUGAGAGAGUAGAGACCAAUUGCGUCCAGUGGCACAGUUGUUUGCAGUGCUAUAUAAGGAAGGAAAUGAAUGCUUCUUCAUCAUUGCUGAUUUGUCUGGAAGAGUGUGAAUAUAGAAAAAGCAGGUAAAGGCAGUGGAGUACUGAAACUGUGAGGUGCAGAACACGGCAGUUACUGGAAAUCGGAAAUAAAAGAGAAUGUUGGAAAUACUCAACAGAUGAAGUAGCAUCUGUGGAGAGAUAAAAACUGACAAUAUUACAGAUGGACAAUCUCACAUCAGAAGUGGUCACGAACAGGAAAGGCUGGUUAUCUGAAGUUGUUGAAUUCCAUAUCAUGUCCCAAGGGCUGUUAUAGGGCUAAACAGAAGAUGCUUAUGUUGGGCUUUGCUGGAACAAGGUAGAAAGUCAAAGACAGAGAUCACAGUGGGAGUGGGAUAGAUAAUUAAAGUGACAGGCAACUGGAAGCUCAGGGUCACCCUUGCAGACACAACAGAGAGGUUUUGCAAAGCUGUUACUGCUGUUGUUGAUUAGCAUGGACCAAACCAAACAAAUUGAUUUCCUAGUUUACUUCCCAAUUUGUGCUCAACUGGUUGAUCUCAGCUAAAGAGCAAAAUCUAUAAUUGACCUUGUGCCAUUGGGUUUUGUUGGGGAGGGGUGGGUGAGAAUUUGACAGGAUUUCCUCCCUCUAUAUCAAAUAUAGCCUGGACAUCAUUCAGGGCUGGGGCAGAGGAGGUGAGAAGGGAUAGGGGGUAGGGAGAGUGGCUGUAGAGGAAAUAAAUGGCUCAGAAAAUGUUGUGAUUUGAAAUUCUUCUUUAGUUAUGAUCAUCAGUUUAUCACAGAUCUGGAAUUGUACAGCAGGUGCUACAAAGAAAAAGUCAUUGACUUAACAAGUCCUUGUUGGUACUUACGUUCCGUCCAAACUCAUCAUCUCAUCUUGUCAACAUCUCUUUACCUUCCUUAUUUGCAGAUCUAAUUUCCUCUUGAUUGCAUCUAUGUUUUAUCUAUUUCAAAUAUUCAUAUCAUUGCAAGUUCCAUAUUCUUAAAACCUCCUGGGUAAAAAAGCAUCUCCUGGAUUUAUUAGUGGCUCUCUUAUUUUCAUUGCUCCUACUUUUGUUCUUCCUGAGAAGUGGGGGUAACUGUUCAUGCUCACUUGCACGUGCAAAGCAUGCAAUAUUGUUGCAGCUGCGCAUUGUGCUCUGUUUCUGGAAUUUGUUUCCAUUGAAAUCAAUGGAUUCAUCAUCCUGCAAGGAAGCUGCUUCCAUCCCACAAGCCUGUGUGGUGCAGGCAUCACCAAUGAUACAGGUUUGCCCAAGAGUAUCCAGGAAAUAAACUGUAUCUCCAGGACCCUGCUGAGGGAACUCCUGGAAGAUAAAUAAUGGAUGGCAUUAUAAUUUUGUUAUAAUUCCUUUUGAUUAAAGAAUAAAAAUCAUCCAACAGAAUAAUAAAAACUUGAUUUCCCUUCCAAUUUAUUGUGAAAGUAGAUGUGGGCAUACCAUUUAUAGGUAGGGAGGGAGUGGUGGGUUUGCAUUAAGUACAUUAAUGACAUAUGCAUAUAAGUGUAUAAUAUGAGUCUUUUUAAAGACUCUAAAUAUUGAUCACAUUCUUAUGGGAAGCCGGUGGUAGGUGUGGGGCAGGGACAACUGAAGGUCCAGCAAUAUGUUCCACCAAGUUGUUGACACCAGCAUGUGCGAAGAACGAUUUUUAUCACUUGUUUUUUUUUUCUCUUAUUGAUACCAGUUGUGUUUAUUCAGAAUAAAAUCCAUGCAAAUUUGCCAGUUUUG